AUGUCACAAAGAAAGCGUCAAGCACCAUCCUUGCCAGGCCUACCAACGUAUUCAUCCUCUGGCUCCUCCUCCAGUAGCUCAGACUCAAAACCAGAUGACUACAACUCAAACUUCAAUGAAAGAGCAGGCCGAACCCAAGAAGUAGAGUCAGCCCAAGAAGCAGAUGUGGAACCAGGAGUCCUUCAAUACAUCUACCCACCAGGAUCACCCACAGAGGUCGAUACAGACGAACCUGAACUUGAUGAAGAUGAAUCCGACCACGUAGAUUGGGAUAGUGAGGGAGAAUCACAUGAAAACGAUGGAAAGGAGGAGGAGAAUGAUGGACAAGAGCAUGAGAACCCCAUAGAAGCCCAGAACAGCAUCAUCGUUGCGGAGAAUCCUGUAGAACGCAUACUCACAACGCCAUCGUGGGCGGACUCGCUAUCAUCUAUACCUUCAGCAGCUUCAUCGCCGCUAGGCCCAAGAAGUCCCACUCCUCCCCCACCUUCUCCCGGCCCACCUGCGAACAAGCCGAAGAAGAGAGGUAUGCCAGAGGGUACUGCUCCGAGCCCAGGACAUCAAGAUGCGGCAACGGGCAUGGACGAAGACGGCGGUCCAGACCCCGAGAUAGCAGCCCUAGUGAAUAAGCGCAAACGCACCGAAAAGUCUAAGCCCAAGCCUCCGCCGCGGAAGAAACAACGCCAGGCGUCACCGGAGGAGGAGGAGGAGGAGGACGACGACGACGAGUCUUCUGGGUUAUCGGAUCCGCCGUCGAACCUCUCAUCCCCAGCAGUAGUGAAGACAGCGAAGACAAAGGGUAAACAACUAACCAAAACCAAGGCAAACAAAACCCCUUCUACCACAAAAGGCCCGCCCAACACUAUGAAAAGCGGUAAGAUGAAUAAGGGUGAGGAAACUGAGAUAGCACAUUGUAGCGGGAGAACGAAGAAGCGCACGCCGUGUGGGAAUAAGAAGAGAGUGAGAAGGGGGCAAACGUAUAAUUGUGGGAAGCAUUAG